AUGCAACGUGCAAAUACAGAUGACGAGUUUUUAAAGGAUUAUUAUAAAUUAAUGAACAAUAGUGUGUUUGGAAGAACCAUGAUGAAUACAAGAAACUUCAGAGAUUUAAAAAUAAUAAGUGACGAGAAAUAUGUGUCCAAACCAAAUUUUGACCGGGCUACUAUUUUUACAGAGAACUUAGUGGCCGUAUAUAUGAAAAAAACCGAGGUUAAAUUAAACAAACCCAUUUAUUUAGGUAUGUGUAUUUUAGACAUGUCUAAGGUUCGAAUGUACGAUUUUUAUUAUAACACACUAAAGAAAACAUAUGGGAAAAACAUUAGAUUAUUAUACACAGAUACAGAUUCUUUAAUAGUAGAAAUUACCACUGAGGAUUUUUACACAGACGUGAAAAAUAACGAACAACUUUUAAACGAGUUUGACUUCUCAGAGUAUCCAGAGAAUAAUAAGUACGGACUACCCCGAAUAAAUAAGAAAGUUCCGGGUAAGUUCAAGGACGAAUUUAACGGGAAAAUUUUGAGCGAGUUUUUUGGGUUAAGAUCUAAAUUAUACGCAUUUAAAUUAUUUGAGAACGAGCACGAAGUUAAAAGAGCAAAAGGAGUGAAAAAACCUAUUGUUAAGAAUGAGUUAUGUUUCGACGACUUUUAUGAGUGUUUAAUAACUAGAGAUCCAAAGUAUGUAAAACAGAACACAUUUAGAACAGAGAACCACGAAAUUUCCACGGUCAAACAGAAGAAGAAAGCUCUAAGCGCGUAUGACGAUAAAAGGUAUAUAUUAGAAAACGGAAUUGACACUGUGGCUUGGGGAAAUUUUUCAACAAAAAUAGAGAGAGAAAAAUUCAGAGAAUACCUAGAUAAUUUAAUCAGAACAAACAAUAAAAAAGAAUAA